GGACGAGUCGCGACCAUUGGCUGUUUCUAAAUGCAGUGGCUAAUGGCCCUCAACGUAUGAUUGAUACCAUCGGAGAGUGGCAGGAGCUAGCCAAUGGGAUUCCAGGUAAGACGCCCGAUGAGGUCAAAGCAUACUACAAGGCGGUGGAACACGAUUUACUUGAGAUUGAAGCGGGUCGGGUUAAGUUACCGAAUUAUCCUGAUGAUGAUGAUGAUGAUAUUGGAGGGGAAUCGGUUGUUGAGGCGGGUACCGGCCAGUCCAAAAGUGGAGAAAAGGAGAGGAAGAAAGCUACCCCAUGGAGUGUAGAAGAACACAAGAGGUUCCUGCAAGGGCUGGAGAUUUAUGGAAAGGGGGAUUGGCGGAGCAUAUCGAGAAUGAUGGUGGUUACAAGGACGGCUACACAAGUGGCUAGCCAUGCCCAAAAGUAUUUCCUCCGCCAGGCUUCACUUAAGGAAGAUUAUAACAAGGAAGAAAAUAGAAAGAGGAUGAAGAGGAAGAGGAGCAGCAUUCAUGACAUCACCACCGCGGACGCCUCCAUGGUGGUGCCUGUACAACCGAGUUCAGCAACACCACCAGCCACUAGUUUGAAUGACGGUGACCAAGGAACAGGAGUUCCAGCAGGACCAACAACAUUGUCAACCCAUGGGGGACAAAGCAUUGGCAGCCACGACAUAGCCGCAACCAUACAACCAACAUCACCAACCACUAGUUUAUAUGGUGACCAAGCAACAACACUGUCACCCUUUGGCAGUGACAGAGGAGCACAAUCAUCAAUAACACAAUGGCCGAGCAGUACCACCACUGCAGUGUCACACACACAGCCGAUAUCAUCAUCACCACCAGCCGCUAGUUUCUAUGACAGCCGAGGCAAAGAUUUGUACUGUGGCCAAGAACAGCCAGUCACUAGUUUCUAUGGCGGCCAAACAACAUCAUCACCCUCUAGCGGUGGUAGAGGAGCACAAUCAUCAAUAACACAAUGGCCGACCAGUACCACCACUGCGGUGGUGCAUGCACAGCCGAUAUCAUCAACAGCACCAAACACUAGUUUGUAUGAGAGCCGAAGCAAAGAUUUGUACUGUGGCGAAGAACAGUCAGUCACUAGUUUCUAUGGAGAAGCAGUACCCCUGCGGUAUGAAAUCAUGGCUGCUAAAGAUUACACUGAAGAAGUAUUUGGUUUUGAAAAUAUCAGCUACGUUAGUGAGCCUAUCUUCGAAUAGCACAGGGUUAACCUCAACCAUAAUGGCAAAUUGAACUGUGAAUAUCAAGAACAAUUGUUAAUAGUGUUUGGAUUUGAAUUGGUUUCUGUUUAUUCUAUUGAAAAUCUAUUA